CACAUUUCUGCAUAUACAGACACGGAGAGAAUCAAACUUUGCAAUUUUACCUAAAGUAAUCAUACAGAAGGAUGUCUCUGAGUGUGUCCCAGGAUGAAGGGGUGACUGUAAUUACCAUCAUCUCAAAUCCAAAAAGCAAAUGGCCCAUACUGUGUCAGAUUUUGGGUAAUCUGUGGGUCAGCCCAACAUGUAUAUUGCCUAAAAAUGUCAAAAAAGAAAGGAUGUCCAUUGAAAAUGCACUAGGGAUUGUGCAGAUUAUAGUUGGAAUCCUCAACAUCGUAGCAGGGAUUUUGUUUAUGAACGGGGGAAUCAAUGAUUACAUUAUGAUGUGGAAUACACCCUUUUGGCUUGGUAGUGUGUUUCUCAUAUCUGGAGUCAUGACGAUUCUUGAAUACUGCAUUGGAAGUUAUGUUGUGUUGUUCCUUACGGUGAUUUUGAAUGAAGCAAAUGGUUUAAUGGCUUUGAUUGGUGUUUCAAUGUAUUCAUGGGACUUUGUGGGAACAAGGUCUUAUUCGGCUUAUGAUUACUUACCAGCGCUUACCCCAGAACAGAGGAUGGAGUCCCUUCUGUACAUUAAGGAUUGGAUUGCGAUGACCCGUGGAGCUCUAGACAUCGUGAUGAUAGUUUUUACCAUCCUUCAGUUCUGCGCAAACAUCACUUUCGUGGUCAUGUCUGUGAAAGCAUAUGUUCUGAAUGAUGAUGACCCUCAACUUCACAAGCUGCUCCCCGAAGAGAACACUGGAAAGUGUUAGAGAAAACAAGAUGCACAAACAUAAAAAGCUAAAUGUUUUUCAAGCAGUUUUUCUUUUGUAGUCGAUAGGCAGUUUAUUUCUAUUGCCCUCCCCCCCAAUUUACUUAGACCCAUUGUGAGAAUAUGUCUUGUGUUCCGCGCUUAACCAUCAGAAUGGCAACCUUUAGGGUGAACCCUUUUUGAAAAAUAAGUUCAACAUACACUACGUAAUAAUUUUUUGUAGCGAUAUGUAUUAUGUUUGUUUGACAUCAUAGCCUUAUAUCUAUUUCCUUUUUAUUAAUUUAGUAGUAAAUAAGACACUUCUUAAGGACGGCAAGAAUGAACAACUUGGUUGACCAUACAUUAUUAUUCAAAAUGAUUUACAGAAACUGAUUAAAAUCAAAGCACCAGAACCUUGUGGCUUAUUAGGUUUUGGAUAGUUUAUUCUUUAUUUUAUCCUGUUUUGUGGUAUUUUAGGGAUAUGUUUUAUUCUUGGAUAUGUGGUUCUGAGUACUGACUGUGCAUAAAAAUAAACGCACUAUUCUGA